CAGCUCUUUUCUUGAGAAUUAAGGUUAGCCUUUGACUCCCAUUUAUGCUUUCAGCUAACACCUUGAGACUAGAUUCCCAUUUUUUCCCUAACUUUUAUUUGGCUUAAAGUUUGCAAAUUUUGAUGCUUUAUGUGUAUUUUGAAUUUCUCCCUCUUUUUUUCUUCUUUCAAUCUGGACUAUAAAGGGGGUGUUUCUGUUACUUGGUCGUCGUGCAUUCCUGAUAAAGAGGCUGAGGAAGAAAGGAAUUGCAGUGAAAUGAAAGGUGGGUCAGAUCCCAGCAUUUCAUUAGAAAUGGAGAGCAAGAUGAAUAUGGAAGUUCUUGAUAUAGAGCCAAUUCGUGCUGAAGCUGAGAUUUUUGAAGCACCANCCCCCCCCCCCCCAAAAAAAAAAAAUCCAACAAAAAACCUCUUAAAGAUUAGGAUUUUGGAUGACGUUGUCCAAGAAAGUAAUUACAGACCCUAGGAUUCCAUAAUUUUUCAGGUUCAAUUCAAGAAACUGAUUGCUGGAGUGAAAUGCUUGAGCUCUCAAACAUGAAAUAUGAGAGCAAAAUGUUAGUUGAGGAAAACUGCAUGAUCUUCCCCACCUCUUUCAGUUCUGAGGAUAUUGACUGCUUGGAGAACGUAACAGACUUCUUGCCUGAAAGCAUAUCAUCUGACAAUAACGAUUUAGAAGUACUAUACAAUCUUGCCCAUUCAUCAAGCGCACCAAUCCAUAGAUCUUCAAUGGAGACACACAAUGAGCUUAGUGUAGGUGGGCCCAAUGUGGAUCACGAGGCAAAGAUUUCUUCCCAAGACAGUAACUUUGAUGCUCCUCGUACACAAAGAGUGCGUAAGCCUACUCGGAGAUAUAUUGAUGAAUUAGCACUAGCAGAGGAUCUUAACCCAAGAUGUGUUAAGAAAAAGGACAAAUGUCAUAAGUUCAAAAACAGCAUGAAACAAAAUGAACAUUUAGCAGAAGAGUUUCAAGCCGAAGAGACUCUCUGUGAAGCUAUUCAAGUUCCCUUUGGUCCUCCCGUUCCCGAAGAAUGUCGUCCGGAGCCCAACAGAGACGGUGAUAAGAAAUGUGCGCCUGAGGUUAAGAAAGUCAAUCAGGACAUGAUGCCAUCUUUUGCGUCUGAAAUUUGUCAUAAAAGGUAUGAAUUGGCCGUAUACAAUCCCUCCAAGGCGAUACCACUCGAGCCCAGACCUGAAGAAUGUGAUAAGAAGUGCAUGUUCAAUGGGAAGCCCGUGAAUGGGACCCACACGUUAUCUUUUGGUUCCAAAGAAUGUAGCAAGAGUCCAACUUCUUGUCAUGUGAACAAGGUGCUUACAUCGGAUGAGGAGGAUAUUGAAAUGGCACUGACACUGUAUGAUGAGAGAAGGGCUCGAAGGAAACACCACAGGCUAUGGACCGUUACAGAGGUGAAGAAGUUAAUAGAUGGUGUUUCUCAGUUUGGAGUUGGGAGAUGGAGUCAAAUAAAGAAGCUUUUCUUCUCUGCAUCUGACCAUAGGACACCAGUAGAUCUCAAGGACAAGUGGAGAAACCUCUUAAAAGCCAGCUAUCUUCAAACACAAAGCAAGAAACCGGGUAAAGGAGCAAAGCAAAACUUUUCGUGGCGGCCAUUGCCGAAGCCCAUUUUGCACAAAGUCAUUGAAUUGGCCACUGUGCAUCCAUAUCCAAGAAACUGCAAGUCCAAGAACUAUUAGAUCUUCCCUCUUCUUCUUAUUACCAAUAAACCCCAAGCAAAAUCAUUCAGGUGUGAAAAGUUAAUCUAUUUAGCACUUUUUAGCAGAAUGUAUAUUCAUAAACAUCCUCUGCACUUGUACCCAAGAAUGUCAUGAAUUUGUAACCUUUCUAAAAUCAAUGGUAAUUGGUAAGUUGGAAAUGUACAAGCAAGUAGGUACGUACUCGAAGCGUGCACGUUAUAAAAUUAGUAUAUGCACAUUCUACGAGUAACAUAAUGCUUAUUGAAUGUACAAGAAAGUAGGUUCAUCCGA